UGGGUCCAAUGCCGCUACAGCAAACCUUGUAUGUCGUUAAGUGUCAAAGUCAGCUCUAUCCACCGUCUUUGGAUUGCUUGGAGGAAACCCCAUCUGCUUGUUCCAUCUUCGCUCGACUUCUCUUCCUAUAUAUGGCUGAGCGAAAUGAUCCUCUCCUACAUUUUCUUGUUCUCGAUCCUUUCAUUCCUCUGUCAGAACCCCAAUUGCUUCAAACCUCAAACUGCACAAAACAUGAACCCGAGAUCUUUCGUUUUCCAUCUAUCAAUUGUACAUCCUAAUAUGCUUGUUCAUAACGCCGUCAAUGUGUCAGAAUGUAACAGCAACAAGGAUAGAUGUCGGAGUCAUUCUAGAUUUGGAUACAUAUGUUGGGAAGAUGAGCAAGACAUGCCUUGAGAUGGCGAUGGACGAUUUCUACUCUGCUCACAAUGAUUACACUACAAGAUUAGUCCUUCACACGAGAAACGCAACGAGUGAUGCGGUCACGGCUGCAUCUGCAGCAAUAGAAUUGUUGAAGAGUUAUCAAGUCAAGGCCAUUCUGGGGCCUCAACAAUCAAGACAAGCAGAUUUUAUAGCUGAUAUCGGGAAUACCACUCAGGUCCCCAUAAUUUCCUUCACUGCGACAAGCCCUUUGCUUUCGCACCUUGAAACUCCCUACUUCAUCCAAAUGGCACAAGUGGACACCUCUCAGCUAAAAGCUAUAGCUGCCAUUGUCAAAGCUGCCCAGUGGAGGGAAAUUGUACCUAUUUAUGAACGCUCUCAUUACGGAAGUGGUAUCAUCUCUUAUCUUGCUGAUGCCAUGCAAGGAAUUGGCACAAGGAUACCGCACCGGUGUGGAAUCUCUCCUUCAGCUACCGAUGAUCAGAUCCUGAAAGAGCUCUACAAUUUAAUGACUAUGCAAACACGUGUUUUCAUUGUUCAUAUGUUGCCAAGUCUUGCAUACCGACUUUUUCUAAAGGCAAAGGAAGUGGGAAUGAUGAGCAACGGAUAUGCCUGGAUAGUCACGGAUGGGAUUGCAAGCCUUCUCAGCUCCAUGGACCCCAAGGUCAUCAAUUCUAUGCAAGGAGUUAUAGGUGUGAAGACUUACCCUCCUCAAACCAGAGAGCUAGACCAAUUCACGAAGAGAUGGGAACAGCAGUUUCAUAAGAAAUAUCCAGGAAUAAACCAUGUUCAGCUAAAUGCCUUUGGCCUAGGUGCCUAUGAUAGCAUUUUUGCUUUGGCAAUGGCAGUAGAAAAGGCUGAUAUAGCAAACUCACAAUUUAGUAAACCAGCCAUCCAGGAUAAGAUGACUGACCUGGAAACCAUUGGCGUCUUAGAGUCGGGACAAAAGUUGCUCCAGUCAGUUUUGAAGACCAAAUUCACUGGAUUGAGUGGUGGAGUUGAAUUCAUAAAUGGACAAUUACCGAUAUCAGCCUUUCAGGUUGUGAACUUGGUUGGAAACGAUGCAAUAUCAAUUGGACAUUGGACAGAGAAUGGCAUCACAGAACAACUUCCUGCCAGUAAUGAGAACUCAAUCGAAGAGAAGAAUUUUAUGAAAAAAGUUGUUUGGCCUGGUAAAUCAGGAAGAAUCCCAAAAGGUUGGGACAUUCCAGUAAAUGAGAAGAAGUUGAGGAUUGGAGUCCCGGUAAAAGCCGGAUUUAGCCAAUUCAUAAAUGUGGAAACAGAUCCUCAGACAAAGGCUCCCAUUAUUACUGGUUAUUGCAAAGAAGUGUUUGAAGCUGUCAUGAAAUCAUUGCCGUAUGCUGUUCCCUAUGAGUAUGAACCCUUCGAGACUAGUGAAGGCAGUGGAGAAAGUGCGGGAACUUAUGAUGAUCUUGUUGGAAACAUCUCGACUGAGACCAAAGAAGGCGUUAUGAUGCUGUCAUUGGUGACAUAACCAUAAGGUCGAACCGUGCCGAAUUUGUGGAUUUCACACUUCCUUACACAGAAUCAGGUGUCUCCAUGAUUGUUCCAAUCAAGCAUGAAAAUAGAAAAAAUGCAUGGAUCUUUUUGAAACCGCUGAAGACAGAACUAUGGAUAACCAUAGGAGCCUUCUUUGUGUACACUGGCAUUGUAAUAUGGGUUCUUGAGCACCGGGUGAACAAAGAGUUUAGAGGACCUCCGUCCAAACAAAUUGGAAUGAUCUUGUGGUUCUCCUUCUCUACAAUGGUCUUUGCCCACAAGGAAAGGGUAAUGAGCAACUUGUCGAGAUUUGUGUUGAUCAUAUGGAUCUUCACUGUCCUAGUACUAUCAUCGAGUUACACAGCUAGCUUGACCUCUCUAUUAACUGUACAACAGCUCCAACCGACAGUCACAGAUAUCGAUACUCUCAUAAGGAAUGGAGAGUGCAUUGGGUACCAGAAUGAUUCUUUCAUUCCGGGUCUUUUGAAAAGCAUAGGGGUAAAUGAGUCAAAACUCAAAGUGUUGACGACUUUAGAGGACUUUCAUGGGAACCUUUCUAAAGGCAGUAAUGGCGGGGUAUCUGCGAUUGUGGAUGAACUCCCCUAUCUCAGGCUUGUUCUCGCAAAGUAUUGUUCAAAAUACAAGUUGGUUGGUCCAACCUACAAAACUGCAGGCUUUGGAUUUGCAUUUCCGAAGGGCUCACCACUAGUUCCUGAUGUAUCGAGGGCAGUUCUGAAAGUUAUGGAGUCGCCUGAGAUGGAUGUGAUUACAAAAGCAUGGUUUGGGGAUCGGGACAAGUGUUUGGAGGAAGACGAGACAACUGUAGCCUCCGACAGCCUCCCGCUGGACAGUUUCAAAGGCCUUUUCCUCAUCGCAGCGCUCACCUCAACCUCUGCACUCUUCAUUUUCUUGAUCAACUUCUUCCAUGAGAACAAACAUAUCUUAGCCUCCCAGGAAACGGUGAAGCAAAAAUUGCUGCCGUCGUGAAGACAUUUGACGAGAAGAAGGAAGACGCCCAUCAGGCGGCAAAGAAGGAAAAAUGCAAAGAAGAAGAAAUCGAAAUGGCUGCUAGAGGAGAAAUCCAUCUCACCCCAGGUGAAACCAGCUUUUCCCAUCAUGAAGAAGGGCUAUUCUCACCGGAUGAGGGCUUAUUAUCCACGGAACCUGGAACCCCGUAUCACGAGUAUGCUGUUAUAGGGAUGAAUGAAGAUGGUCAAAGAAAGUAUCAUUUCCACUCCAACUCUGAUUCUUCCUUGUAUUAUAAAAUCUAAUUGCACUAACCUCUAUAGCAGUGUCCAUAGUUACGCUUCCUAAUCAGGGGCAAAGGUUUUUUCUUUUUAUUCUUCCAUUCAUAUAUUAUUCAUAGAUGUA